AUGACAACCAAUCUGCAGUUCAACAACAACAAGUAUUAUCUGAUCCAGCUGUUAGAAGAUGAUGAUCAGAGAAACUUCAGUGUUUGGAUGAGAUGGGGCCGAGUUGGGAAAACAGGGCAGCACAGUUUGGUGGCUUGUUCAGGUGACCUUGCCAAGGCCAAAGACAUCUUUCAGAAGAAAUUCCUUGACAAAACAAAAAAUAACUGGGAGGAUCGUGAAAAGUUUGAGAAGGUACCUGGAAAAUAUGACAUGCUCCAUUUGGACUAUGCCACCAAUGCUCAGCAAAUCAAGGCAGGUUACCAGUCUCUUAAGAAGAUUGAGGAUUGUAUUCGGGCUGGGCAGCAUGGACGAGCUCUCACAGAGGCAUGCAAUGAAUUUUAUACGAGGAUCCCACAUGACUUUGGGCUCCGUACCCCUCCACUAAUCCGAACAGAGAAGGAAUUAUCAGAGAAAGUACAACUCCUGGAGGCAUUGGGAGACAUUGAAAUUGCCAUUAAGCUGGUGAAAACAGAGCUGCAAAGCCAAGAACACCCGCUUGACCAACACUACAGAAAUCUACGUUGUGCCUUGUGCCCUCUAGACCAUACAAGUUAUGAGUUCAAAGUGAUUGCCCAGUAUCUACAGUCUACCCAUGCUCCCACACACAGUGACUAUACCAUGACCUUGCUGGAUGUUUUUGAAGUAGAGAAGGAGGGUGAAAAAGAAGCUUUCAGAGAAGACCUUCAAAACAGGAUGCUGCUGUGGCAUGGCUCCAGGUUGAGUAACUGGGUGGGAAUCCUGAGCCAUGGGCUUCGAAUUGCCCCACCAGAAGCUCCCAUCACAGGUUACAUGUUUGGGAAAGGUAUCUACUUUGCUGACAUGUCUUCCAAGAGUGCCAAUUACUGCUUUGCCUCUCGUUUAAAGAACACAGGACUAUUGCUCUUAUCAGAGGUAGCUCUAGGUCAGUGUAAUGAGCUCCUCGAGGCCAAUCCCGAGAUUUUCAAAAGUCUGUUCUUUGAGGAUGUUCAGUCCUGCUUCCUAGUCUGUCUUUGUCUUGGAACUUCCCUGUCCACCAUUGGUGACUUUGCUGGUAUGUAA